AUGGCCGCGGAAUUGACAUCCACCCGGCUGAAUGCGGAGAACCAUCUGCUCUUGGACCAGCCUCUAUUACGGUUACCACACGAGCUUGCUCGACGAAACUUCAAAUCUGUGCAGCGCCUCGUGGAGCGGGAGAGGGAAUAUGUCAUCCCCGUACUCAAAGAGACCGCCAAUGCCUCCAUGUCAAACAAUCAAACACCUGAGCGAGCUCUUGCUGCGCUUGACGCUAUGGUCUCUCGCAUGCAGGGCCUAAAGCGGAAAAUGGAGAUACUGCAUCAAGAGGAGAAGAAGAUUCAAGAGCAAUCCCGGAAGCGUAUCCACCACUUGGAAAGACUUCAUCAGAUUCCUAGCUUGGCGGAUGUCAAGUACGAUCAUUGGGCGAGAGUUCGCCUAGACAGGCUCAUAGUAGAUCAUAUGCUACGUUCCGGAUAUACAGAGAGUGCCCAGCAGUUAGCCCAUGAGAAAGAUAUUGAGGAUCUUGUAGACCUCAACGUCUUUGUACAAUGUCAACGAAUUGCCGAGAGCCUCCGUUAUGGGGAGACGAAGGAUGCCCUACAAUGGUGCGGCGAAAAUAAGGCGGCAUUGAAGAAGAGCCAGUAUAACUUAGAGUUCGAGCUGCGGUUGCAGCAAUAUAUUGAAAUGGUCAGAACAGAGCAUAAGGAGAAACUUGUUGAUGCAAUGGUCCACGCCAAAAAAUACUUGGCUCCAUACAUCGAGACACAGUCAAUGGAAAUUCAUCGAGCUGCAGGACUCCUCGCUUUCCCUCCCGACACCAAAGCUGAACCUUACAAGUCGAUAUACGCGCUAGAGAGAUGGACAUAUCUGGCAGACCUUUUUGUUCGCACCCACCAUGAGCUAUUAUCCCUGUCGUCUCGUCCUCUGUUACAUAUCGCUCUAUCUGCGGGAUUGUCGGCUCUCAAGACGCCUUCGUGCCAUUCAGCUUACACCUCCUCCAGUUCAAACUCACUGUCCACAACGACAUCUGUUUGCCCGAUCUGCUCAACCGAGCUGAAUGAACUUGCUCGCAACAUGCCAUACGCUCACCACACGAAGAGCUACGUCGAAAGUGAUCCGAUAGUUUUGCCCAAUGGCAGGAUCUACGGUCAACAGCGGCUGUUAGAGAUGAGUAAGAAGGUCGGGUGUGUUGAAGCAGGCAAAGUUAAGGACCCUACAACCGGCGAGGUCUUCAACGAGAGCGAUAUGAAGAAGGUUUAUAUCAUGUAG